CUCAGGCUUAUCAGAUUUGGGCACUACAGUACCUUUGGGGGAUUGAAAUUACAAAGCACUGCAGGGAAGGAAAGUACUUCGACAGAUCCAAGGAUCACUGAGGAAUGGUCUUUGUAUAGAGGAUGACAGAUGGAAUGUGACUAAGGAAGAAUGCAAGGGAAGGUGAUGAUGAUGUAGGCAUAUAACAAUAGUCUCUCCUUCAGUCAAUUCCUCCCUCACCAUCUGAAGGGUCAAGCAGGAGCAAGAGGAGGGCUGUGAAUGUCCAAGAGUCAAGGGAUCAGUCUGAGUGGUCUCCAAGAACUCUACAUGACCUACAUCCUGGUCUCUGACCUUUACUGCGACUCGGUCUCUGUCUCUCUGGCACUAGCAUCAUUUUCAGGCAGGGAUGAGACUGGUGGAAAUCAUCCAAGCACAACAGACAAUGAAGAGACAGAGCUAUGCAUGAAAGAAACCAUUGAUCUUAGUGCACCGCACUGAUGUUGCAAACCACAUGGCCCCCCAAUGAGGGGCGGGUGUGUGUUGGUUUCUGUGUUUCACAAACUGACAAUUCCAAUUGCCUGAGUGGAGCCAGUAUCCUUAAAGCUGAAGUUUGUGACAAAUUCCUUGUGGUCACUUCGGUUGCUGGUGAGCUGGAGAGGACACUGCUAGGAGAGAGUGGCCCCAUCCUCUAAUCAGGACAAUGCACACAUCCCCAGUGCUGAUCUCUGCAUCCACCAUGAACAACAUGACGGUGCUUGACACUGCAGACCCCUAUGACCUUGGCAUGACAUCGUCUGAGGCUGUCUAUCCCAUCAGCUUCAAGGUUUCUCUGACGGGCUUCCUGCUUUUGGAGAUAGUUCUGGGCUUGAGCUCCAACCUUACUGUGCUCGUCCUCUACUGUAUGAAACAGAACCUUGUCAGCUCAGUUUCCAACAUCAUCACCAUGAAUCUACAUGUGGUGGAUGUGUUGGUGUGUGUAUGCUGCAUCCCAUUGACAACAGUAGUGGUGUUACUUCCAUUAGAGGCGGAUACGGCCAUGAUCUGUUGUUUCCAUGAGGCCUGUGUCUCCUUUGCAAGCGUAGCUACGGCUGCUAACGUCCUGGCCAUCACUGUGGACCGCUAUGACAUCUCGGUACGACCAGCAAAUCGUGUGCUUACGAUGACUCGAGCUGUAGCUCUACUGGGUUGCAUCUGGGCGCUAACCUUUUUCAGUUUUCUGGUUCCCUUUAUGGAAGUGGGCUUCUUUAUCAACAGGGGUUCAGACCUUGUGAACCAGACCGCGGCAGUCUCAGUGGCUCAAUCAAAUGAGUACUACACAGAGCAGGGUUUGUACUAUCACCUGCUAGCACAGAUCCCUAUAUUCUUCUUUACAGCUGUGGUAAUGCUAGUGACUUACUACAAGAUCCUUCAGGCACUUAACAUUCGCAUUGGAACACGCUUUCAGCACAACCCACCUAAAAAGAAGCAAAAGAGCAAAAAUACAAUCUCUUUAAACACUGCAGCACAAGCAGUUGAGUCAACUGAUGCUUCACAGACUAGCACAGGAGUCAGGGCAGGUGAGAAUGCACCUUUGGGCAUGCGGGCAUCAGUGUCAGUAAUUAUUGCGCUACGACGAGCAGUAAAGCGUCAUCGAGAGAGACGGGAAAGACAAAAACGAGUCUUCAGGAUGUCUCUUCUCAUCAUCUCCACUUUCCUACUCUGCUGGACCCCAAUAACUGUGCUCAACACCAUUAUCCUCAGCACUGGGCCCAGUGAUUUAACUGUUCGCCUCCGCUUGGGCUUCCUGGUGAUGGCCUAUGGAACCACUAUCUUUCAUCCGCUCCUCUAUGCCUUCACUCGCCAGAAGUUCCAAAAGGUUUUGAAAAGCAAGAUGAAGAAGAGGGUGGUGUCUGUAGUCGAAGCUGACCCUUCGCCAAACAAUGUGGUUAUCCAUAACUCAUGGAUUGACCCCAAGAGAAACAAGAAAGUCACCUGUGAGGACACAGACGCCAGGCAAAAAUGUCUAUGCUCACAGGAUGCAGAGUAAUAUGACUAACUCAAAUGUAAAUAAGUCAGAUAUGUACAUUAAGAAGGAGUUGUUGAAUUCCAUUCAAAAAAGUGAAAUAACAAGCUAUGGCAGAAAAAUUAGAAACUGGCACUUUGGAGGACGAUAUAGAGAUUUUUUAACACAAUUAGAGAGGAGGAAAACAUUUGAAAUAUAACAAUGAAGAAACAUGACUCUGAUGGCAAAAUACACUACAAAUCUAAAUAAAGUAACAGAUGAGUGUUGAUUAACAAAGUACAAAAAUCUUGGGCAGCUUACUAAAAUGAUGACUUCAGACAAGAAGUUCCCUGAGAUCAGAGUAACAAGAUAAAGGCAAGGAGUUUCCUUAAAAUGAUUAUCAUAUGUAAAAAGGGAAACCACUGGCAGCUAUGUAUGAGGUCAAGGACUGCAUUUACAGUCUUCCUCAGUACAAACAAUCUCACAAAAUAGGUUUCAUAGGCACACAAA